UUAUUUUAUCACAGUAAUUAAGAGCAACAUGCUAGAUGCUGGGUACAGGGUAGUCCGAGGUGCUCUACUUGCCCAGGGACAUAGAGUACAGUGGGACCGACUGUAUGCAUCCAUGCAUCGUGUGGACAGUGCGGGUGUACUUGCUCGAAUGACACAUCUGGGAUGUGUAGUGAGAAGGACGUACACAGUUCCUUGCCCAAAGUAUAUGGUGCACAUUGACACCAAUCACAAGCUCAUCAGGUAAUGUCUGUGUGUAAUUGGAGAUGCUAUUUUUUGUUUUGGGAGUUAAAUUUUUAAUUGUCUGUGUUUUAACCUAUGGUGUAAGUGCACGUCACCAGGAGGAUGGUGAAGGCGUGUAGAGCCUCAGAAUGGCAGCGCUGACCCUUUUUUCAGUCUGACUCAGUUUCCUGUGCAGCCGUCAGUGGCUCUGCAGAGAAACAUGGCUAUAAGCAGAAAAGACAGCUUCCUCUGGGGGAAAGCCAUGCCCAAACGGCCCGGGGCUGAGACAACACAGGAAGACAGCCUAAAGACUCACAAACUGGAGCAGCUGGAUGGCAUUCAGAAGCAGAAGCUGGAGAUCAUUCCUGCCAUCCACAACCCCAGUCUGAAGCAGCAUAAUAAAAGUGUGAUGAGAAAAAGGAAGUUCAUACGUGGAAAAAAGAAAUUUAACAUGGACCCCAAAGUGGGAAUCCACUACCUGGUGGAAAACGAGUUCCUCGACUGGAGAGCGAAGCCGGUAGCGGAGUUCCUGUACAAGGAGGAGGGACUAAACAAGACGGCCAUCGGAAACUUCUUAGGAGAAAGGGAGGAAAUGCACCUGGAGAUCCUGACAGCCUUUGUGGGUCUGCAUGAGUUCUCAAACCUGAACCUGGUCCAGGCGCUGAGGCAGUUUUUGUGGAGCUUUCGCCUCCCAGGAGAAGCUCAGAAGAUUGACAGGAUGAUGGAGGCUUUUGCAGCUCGGUAUUGUGACUGUAACCCAGGUGUCUUCCAGUCCACAGACACCUGCUACAUUCUGUCCUUUGCCAUCAUCAUGCUCAACACGAGUCUCCACAACCCCAACGUGAAGGACAAGCCCAGCCUGCAGCUCUUCAUCUCUAUGAACAGAGGCAUCAACAACGGAGACAACCUUCCCCCUGAGCUGCUCACGAAACUGUAUGCAAGCAUUCGCAAUGAGCCCUUUAAAAUCCCCGAGGAUGACGGGAACGACCUCACGCUGACAUUUUUUAACCCAGAUCGAGAGGGGUGGCUCCUGAAAAUGGGUGGUCGAGUUAAAACAUGGAAGAGGAGGUGGUUCAUUCUGACUGACAGCUGCUUGUACUACUUUAAAUACACCACAGACAAGGACCCAAUCGGGAUCAUCCCACUGGAGAACCUCUGUGUCCAGCAGCUGCAGGACUCCAGCAGACCGUUCUGUUUGGAGUUAUACCACCCCAAAGGACAGAACGUCAAGGCCUGCAAGACGGAGAGCAAAGGCCGAGUGGUUCAGGGUAAACACCAGUCCUACAGGCUCAGAGCAUGCAGCACCGAAGAACGGGACAACUGGAUCGAAGCAAUCAGGGCGAGUAUCACCAGAGAUCCGUUUCAUGACCUGAUCUCCAUUCGCAAGAGGAAGGUCACCGGCAACACUUCCUGUCAGGACUGAAGCUUCGCACGGCGCCAAACCCUGGAUCUGGUUUUACGAAUAAACACGAGCCCAAAUGACUGAAAAGUAUCAUCAUCAUCAUCAUCAUCAUCAUCAUCAUCAUCAUCACACAGCAUUAAAGAGACGGGGACCUGACACUUCUAGGGUCGAAGGGGACUAAGAUGAGGCUUGUAAAGUAAAAACUUCACUUGACUUCAACAAUCUUCACACACUACUGCUCCUUAUCCAAAGGUUUCUGGUGAUGAGCGUGUUCUGCAGGAGGAGAGGGAGGACGCAGCUUUUAGCUUGUUGGCUUUAGGAGCUGGGUGUGGGGUGUCUGACAUCAAAGAGACCAAUACUGCUAAAAUGAUCACACACACACACACACACACAAAGACCACAAAAAGACAAACAUGACUCUAGUGAGAUGUGAAAUGAAAACUAACAACAACCAAAAAUCAGGAAACAGAAAUAAAGUGAUAAAAAAAAAACAAAAAGAAGAUGUAGACAGAAAAUCGGACACUUACACAUGAGUGCAUUCACCCUAAACACCACGACGCAAAACAACACAGAACACCCAUAAAAAAUCCCACUGGAAAUGAAAAGGAGAGAAAAGUGAACUAAAAUCACCUAAAGCAGCUUUUACUAGUGAAACGACUCCAGAUCACAUCUAUGUGUUUUUAUUUGUCUUGACUUGAGAAAAUAAAAGCUCAGGCUGGUUUUAGUUCACCAUGAACAUCAACAGCAUUUAGCUGUUCAAGUUUUAUUGUACAUUUUAUAGAAUUUUUAACUUUGAUGUAAAAAGAUUUGAAUGCUCUUUUUUUCAAUACCUUUGUUUUUGUGACUUAUGGAUUAUUGUAAAGUUUGUUUUGUUCGUCAAUGAUUUGUAUAAAUGUGUAAUUUAUGAGGAUAAUGUUCUAAUAAUCAAACUACUUGUUCAAUAAACGGUUCUUAAGCUGAA